CCAAUAGGACACAGCAAGCAGCCAUGUCCCCGCGAGUGUUCACAGCACAACACUGAAUACAUGAAGCUUGGUGGCCUGCGAUCCCUUACAACACCGCCCGCCCCAUCCUAUGUUUUAUUUUGGUGUUUAUUGUUGUUGACGGUCCUACUCGUCCCCCUCUCUGUACGUCUGAAAAAAAACAAAAUCUUUACAAGCUCAUCGGUUUCCUCACGCAGUUCAAAGUGAGCGUUCCGAUUCCAUCGGCGUGACACGUGAGCGCACCAGAACGCACCAGCCCCCUUAGCAACGUGGCCGCUGGUUGCCGUGCGCACGCGUGACGUCAUCAACCACGACGGCGUCGUGACGUCACGCGUCGGCGUAUCGCGGCUCGCGCCGAUGCCGCCGGCUUCCUUCUGUGGCCGCUGCAACAACAACGGCGACGACGACAACAACGACGACGACGGCGGCGGCUAUCGACACAAAUACGUGGCGACGGUAACAAACUCCACGACUCCCGCGGUGCCUCCUCCGCCGUCAACUCUCUGCGCGUGACACCGGCACGCGAGGCACUGCGCGCACGUGCGCGGGACAGUGAGAGGCGGCGAGUCACGUGACGGGUUCUCGCUUCCCGGGUGAGGAGGAGGAGCAGGACGCGAUCGUCAAGCCCGACGUUUCGCCGCCAGGCCCUCGGGUAGCUCUCGCGUUGCACGAUCAGAGAACUCAUCUCUCGGGAGCUGUAACAACACUAGACUCUGGACUCUCCACCACUCACCCCGGACCUGAGCUCACGCCUUCUACCCGGGAACCAGGGCCGCUGCUUCCGAGCUCAUAAAAGCCGCCCCAUCACCGCACCAACAUCUCCCGGGGCCUGAGCUGCACAGCGGAGCAACAAAGCACCUGGGCCGCUCCCCCCCCCAGGAACCGAACCAGAGUCGUACUCUUCACUAAUUCUUCCUCCCUCUCCACUACAUCAGCAGCCGUGGUUUCAACCACGUCCGAACACGGGCAUGUUGGCUUCAGCAUCCAUAUGGCAUGGAGCAACAUGAACUUCCGCCAGCGGAUGGGCUGGGUGUGCCUGGGUCUCUACAUGCUGGCCAGCCUGGCGCUGGCACACUACAUGUUCGACGUGAGCGACUCGUACGGGGCCCUUGCCCUGGACCGCGUGGCCUCCGAGUCCGGCGCCCACGCAAGAGGCAGACUCACGUGGCUCAGGGACGCUCUGCUGUCGGCACCGCUCGCGCUGUGGGUGGCGCUGCUCCUCUUCGUCUACCUCCAGGUGUUUUGCUUCUUGGUGUCGUGCACCCGAACCGAGCCCAAGAAGGUCGGCUACUGCCUCUUCCCGCUCUGCCUGCUCGUGCUGCUGAGGCCACGGCAGCCACGCUUGAAGACGUAUGCUCACGCCAACAAUGGUGUGCAAGUCAUUAAUAUGUGAGGACGCUUUUGAGUAGUGUGUGUGUAUAUGUGUACCGCCUAUAGGCGCUCGCUUACCGCCCCAAUAGUAUGUUAAGGCUAUACGGGGGUCUUUGUUAUCGCCUAACCAUCUUAGCGGGGAUAGCAUGGCCGCGAUGGGCCAUUGAAGGCUCAGUUGGACACACGAGUUCCUUGUGCGAAAGAAAAUAAUUGUACAGUUCGUUAUUGUGAACACCUCAAUUUGGGGGAUCUAUUCCACAAUGAAAAACAGAUGGACCAAGGCCCAUGAUGCUUGUAUUUGCCAAUUGCUGUGAUAGGUGUAUUCGUAUAAACACUAUCAAAAGCUAAAACAUGUAUUUGUGACCCUUUUUUUCGACAUAUCACUGCUUGGGCCGGGAUUGUAAUUUAUAGAGAUGUACUAUGUUUCAUGUUUGUUACAGGUGGCUUUGGGAAAAAUAGAUUAUUUUCAGAACAUGGCUUCACGUAAGAGUAUAUUAUUGGAGAGUUUGAAUUUGAUGGUGGCUUUUUGUAUUAUUGACAUUGAAUACUGUGCAUUUUACCCUGUCUAAUAAAUGAUCAACCAAUUUUAUAAAAAUUCAAACUUUGAAAAAUAUGAUGUAUAAUUAUUACAAAUUAUGGUUUCUAACAAACUCUCGUUAUACACUAGCUAUCGUAUUUUACAAAGAUGGUAUUUGUACAAGCGUUACCAUAAUUGUGGUGAUUCAGCAAUAUUGCACGCUUCAAUUUGGACAUCAUCUCAUGAGUUUGCAGUUGGUCUCCUAAUUGCACCUCCUAAAUGUCUUUUAGGAACAAUAUAUUUGUAUAGGAUUAAAAAAUGUACCAUUUUCACUCCAAAAAGUAUGGAGACCAGGCCUCCUAAAUAGGAAACUUUUAUUUAUUUUUCCCUUGAACAAUUUAUUUUCUCUUUUGUUUUCUUUAAUGAUUUAUGUAAAAACAAAUGUGAAUUUCAAUUUGUAUUAAUUUCUAAAAGUGCCUUCUAUAAAUGGUUGUAAUAUAUGUGUGUUAAGGAUAUCAUUUGUACGUGUGAUACCCAUGGUAACGUGUGCACAAGAGCAGGUGCUGGAAUAUUGCCGUUAUGUCUGGAUUAUAAAACAUUACACGACGCACCUCAAGAGCUGGGAUGCGUCAUAUAAUCUGUUAGGUACGUGUGUGUGCUUAUGAUCAAGUUUGUAUAACCGUAUUGAUGCCCGGCAGAAUUCUUUGGGAUGUCUUACUUUCAGAAGUGUCUUACAAUCUGGAGGAUAUGGUAAAUUGCUUUAACAUAAUAGAAUGUAGAGUUAUACCUUUUUUGUUUGGCAUUUUUUUCCAUCCAAUAUACGAAUAUGAUACAUUGUAUCACCACUGCAUGAUGGGCAGUAUAAUAAGAGUUUUUGGUGUAUUUUACCCUUGGUUUUAUAUGACACAUAAAACUGGGAUAUCUUUUAUAUAUGUAUAUAAAUGGCAUAAUGAACAAAUUGCAUGACAGUAUACAGGAUCUGUUUUUUGGCCAGUGUUGACUACACGAGACUUAGGUUAAAGUUGAUUGUCUGUGACUCGGAGUUUGAUGCUGCGCUAUUCUAUACUUACAAAUGCAUAAGGUAACUUUGGGUUGCAUGUUAAAUGGCAUAAUCCGGGGUGGAACCUUGUGGUCUCUUCGUGGUUUGUCGUUUUUUCAUAAGUGUAUUCUGUGGAGCUGUUGGCAAAGAAACAUUUUGGAAAGUGUAACUUCAACCAAAUUAAGUAAUUCAGGUAACAUCUAUGUAAAACUGCACUUUUUCCAUCUUUUGUACAUAAGGUGUACAUAUUUCUAUCCACCGCCAUAUUUCCAAGCCCUAGCGAUUACAAGCAUAUAUUACAAUGGCUUUGUAAUUGCAAAUAACAUUCACUGCAAGGUUAAAGAGCUAAUUAAAAUACUGUACAUACAUUCAAGUUGAAUGUUUCUUCAUUGAGGUGGAAUAAAAGUGAUUCACAAUA